GAAAUAUGGACUGAUGGGUUGUGACUUGUGGUGGCAGGAACAGAAACAACUCGACAAGCCUCGCACUCUCUUGAACCAUCUUCUUCCUUCUUCAUAUCCUUCCGUAUAUAUAUCUCAACUGUUUCGACCCUCGCCUCCACUCAUCACUUAACUCACAAGUUUUGCGUUGGAACUUACCAGAACCCUAUCUUUCCCGUAUUCCCACUCAAUCCCCUCUACUUUUCCAUUCCUUAAUCAAUCCCAAGAACCUUAAUUUAUUGGUCACUGGACUCACUCUUCUUCCGUCACCGAUGGCAACGACGACGUCCUUCCCCGGCGUCCGCAUCCACGUUACAUCCUCUACUGGCAUCGAUAGAACUACAUUGUUUGCUCAACCGUCUGUCUCCUUGAACUCUUUUUCCAAACCUAGAACAACUACCCUACGUUCGUUGAAAUUAAGGAGCAGGAGUAAUGAUGUUUUGUUGCUCGCUCGGACGGGUGAUAGGUUUGGAGGCAAGAGCUCCCGGUCUUUUGUUGUUCGUUGCGACGCUUCAUCCAAUGGGAGGAUCACUCAACAAGAAUUCACAGAGAUGGCAUGGCAAGCAAUAGUGUCUUCACCUGAAGUGGCAAAGGAGAACAAGCAUCAGAUAGUGGAGACUGAGCAUUUGAUGAAAGCCCUUCUGGAACAGAAAAACGGGUUAGCUAGACGAAUCUUCUCCAAGGCUGGUGUGGAUAACACCCGCCUACUUGAAGCCACUGAUAAAUACAUUCAGCGACAACCAAAGGUUCUUGGUGAGUCAGCUGGGUCGAUGCUAGGGCGUGAUUUGGAAGGCCUAAUGCAAAGAGCAAGGGAUUACAAGAAAGAGUAUGGUGACUCAUUUGUGUCUGUUGAGCAUUUGGUACUUGGUUUUGUACAAGAUAACCGAUUUGGGAAACAAUUGUUCAAAGAUUUCCAAAUUUCUUUAAAAACCUUAAAGAACGCAAUAGAAUCCAUCAGAGGACGACAAACAGUAAUAGACCAAGACCCUGAAGGGAAGUAUGAAUCAUUAGAGAAGUAUGGUAAAGAUUUGACUGCUAUGGCGAGAGCAGGGAAGCUUGAUCCUGUGAUAGGAAGAGAUGAUGAAAUACGCAGAUGCAUCCAGAUUUUAUCAAGGAGAACUAAGAACAACCCUGUCCUCAUUGGUGAACCAGGUGUUGGAAAGACUGCAAUUUCUGAAGGACUUGCUCAGAGAAUAGUGCAAGGUGAUGUGCCUCAAGCUCUAAUGAACCGAAAGUUGAUAUCCCUUGACAUGGGUGCACUUAUUGCUGGAGCAAAAUAUCGUGGAGAAUUUGAAGAUCGACUCAAGGCAGUGCUCAAGGAGGUGACUGAAUCAGAUGGACAAAUCGUUCUGUUCAUUGAUGAGAUCCAUACUGUUGUUGGGGCAGGUGCUACAAAUGGUGCAAUGGAUGCUGGAAAUCUGUUGAAACCAAUGCUUGGUCGUGGAGAGUUGAGAUGCAUUGGUGCAACAACAUUGGACGAGUAUCGUAAAUAUAUCGAAAAAGAUCCUGCAUUAGAACGCCGAUUUCAACAGGUUUAUGUUGACCAACCUACAGUAGAAGAUACAGUAUCUAUCCUCCGUGGACUCCGUGAGAGAUAUGAAUUACAUCAUGGAGUGCGCAUUUCCGAUAGUGCCCUUGUUGAGGCUGCAAUUCUCUCAGAUCGAUACAUCAGUGGUCGUUUUUUACCCGAUAAAGCCAUUGAUCUGGUAGAUGAAGCAGCUGCUAAACUGAAAAUGGAGAUCACUUCAAAACCAACCGCACUUGAUGAGAUCAAUCGUUCAGUACUGAAAUUGGAAAUGGAGAGGCUAUCACUCACUAGUGAUACGGAUAAAGCCUCGAAAGAUCGGUUGAGUCGACUCGAGGCUGAGUUGGCUCUGUUGAAAGAGAGACAAGCCGAGUUAAAUCAACAAUGGGAACAUGAAAAAGGUGUCAUGACAAAUAUGCAGUCCAUUAAAGAAGAGAUUGACAGGGUGAAUCUAGAGAUCCAACAAGCGGAACGUGAGUAUGAUUUAAACCGUGCUGCUGAGUUAAAAUACGGGAGUUUGAACUCUUUGUUGAGACAACUUGAAACUGCUGAAAAGGAAUUGGUUGAAUACAUGAGCUCAGGGAAGUCAAUGCUUAGAGAAGAAGUCACAGGUGAUGACAUUGCUGAAAUUGUAAGCAAAUGGACUGGCAUCCCGCUUUCUAAACUCAAACAAUCCGAAAGGGAGAAACUCCUACACUUAGAGGAAGAGCUUCACAACCGGGUCGUGGGUCAGGACCCGGCGGUGACAGCUGUCGCGGAGGCGAUCCAACGGUCAAGAGCGGGUCUAUCAGAUCCCCACCGUCCAAUCGCGAGUUUCAUGUUCAUGGGACCCACGGGAGUCGGAAAAACCGAGCUAGCAAAAGCACUUGCUUCAUACUUGUUCAACACAGAGGAAGCUCUUGUACGGAUCGACAUGAGCGAAUACAUGGAAAAACACGCGGUGUCUAGAUUAAUCGGCGCGCCACCUGGCUAUGUUGGGUACGAGGAAGGCGGGCAGCUGACCGAGACAGUGCGCAGGAGACCAUAUGCUGUUAUUCUGUUUGACGAAAUUGAAAAAGCUCACGCGGAUGUAUUCAAUGUGUUUCUCCAGAUUUUGGAUGAUGGUAGGGUCACUGAUUCGCAAGGUCGUACAGUCAGCUUUACAAAUACAGUCAUCAUCAUGACAUCGAACGUCGGGUCCCAGUAUAUAUUAGAUACGGAUGAUGACUCCAUGCCAAAAGAACGUGCUUAUGAGACUAUAAAACAGAGAGUCAUGGAUGCAGCUAGGUCGAUUUUCCGCCCCGAGUUUAUGAACCGGGUUGAUGAGUAUAUAGUAUUCCAACCACUUGACAGAUCACAGAUCAACAGAAUAGUCCGUUUACAGUUGGAAAGAGUACAGAAGAGGAUAGCGGAUAGGAAACUGAAGAUUAAUGUAAGUGAAGCUGCGAUUGAGCUUUUGGGGAGUCUUGGGUAUGACCCGAACUAUGGUGCUAGACCUGUGAAGCGGGUUAUUCAACAACAUGUGGAAAAUGAGCUUGCCAAGGGUAUCUUGAGAGGUGAGUUUAAGGAUGAGGACAGGAUAUCAGUGGACACAGAAGUCACGGCAUUUUCAAAUGGUCAACUCCCGCAACAGAAGUUGGUUUUCAAGAGAGUGGAGAUGUCGUCACCGGGUGAUGCACCUAAGGAUGAACAAGCGUUUUCACAAGCUUUGUAGAGGUUUAUGAAUGCACAUGUAGAUGAUGAUACAUAAAGUUAUACGGAAUAUUACACAUCGUAGUUGAUGUGACAUUAGCUAGAGCAUGUUUAUCUAUUGUAUGCAUAAUAAAUGCUUAUGCAUUAUGCUA